UGAACAAUUCCUGUCUCCUCGACCCACGACACAAUCCCCCACAAAACGUUUUACCUGGAGUUCUCUCCGACGUGCCAUUCGCGUGCUCCGGAGAAAUUGCCCGUCUCUCUCGCCGGUGUUUCGAGCUGGUGAACGCCGCGGCAAUCAGAGUAUUCAUCUGGCCGAGGUGCUGUGCGGUUCGUUCACCACUGCCUUCCUCGUCAUUCGUCGAAUUAAAUUCGAUUCAUCGGGAUUUUUUGAUCAUCCCGGACAGCUCGGGCGUCGGGGUCAACGACAGAGGGACAGAUGUUCCUGGACACCUGUUACAACAAACCCAAUAGUGAAUUACGAUUCAAGUGAAUGAGAAAAAAGAGACGAAAAUUAUUUCGGCGAUUUUUCGGUAUGAAGGUGGGGAUCUGGGGUUCCAGUGCCUCUUGACAGUGUCAGAAGAAAAUAAGUCUCCAUUUUUUUCCGAGAUAUAUUGAGCCUUUUGUCAUUGAUCUGGAACUUCGGUGAUUUAUGAAUUAAUGAAAUUUAUCUGGCGCGUUAUUGUGUAAUUAUAGUGUUUAGUCCGAAAGGUUUUUGAACUCGAUUAGACUCUGAGUUCAUUUGUGAGCGUGAUGGGAGUGAUUUGAUUGUGCAUUCAGAAGUGAAUCAAGUGAUUUUUAAUCGAUACGUAAGCUGAUCAUGACGGUCUCGAUGGAGCACAAGCGGAAAACCUCGUGGGACUCGAAGAUUUCCGUCAGCACCGUGAGCACCAGGAGAUUCAGCCGAGCUGGCACGCCAUCCUCGAUCAUAUCAUCGGACAGCGAUAUUCGAUUUACGAGAAAACUGGGGGGACAGUAUCGCUGCGGAUGCUGUGUUCUCGCUGCUUUUUUGUUGUUCCUGUUGUUCUCGGGGGUGUCUAUAUAUCUCGGAUAUACAUUUCUGGUGUCUGAUCCCCCGAGCGAUCAGGUAUUUCUCGCAACGUUUCGCGUCACCUCUGGUGAUUCAUUCGCGGCUGAUCUCGCUGAUCCCUCGACAGAAGCCUUCAGGAUACGUGUGAGGGAGUAUCGAGAUCGUUUGACUCUUGCAUUCAGACGCAGCAGUCUCCGAUUAUCCUUCAUCGUCUGCGAAAUACUGGCACUCGACGGAGUGGAAGGUAGCGACCUAGUGAUCCACUUUGACGUCCGGUUCGACCCUCGUUAUCAGACGAUAACCGCCGACGACGUGAUGGCGAUAUUGUCACAUGAGAUAAAUCCGGAAACCGCUAAAUACCUCGCUAAUUUGACCAUUGACCCCAAGAGUCUGGAGGUGCAGGAGAGCAUCGCAGCUCUCAAUGCACAGGUGGCAAUGCAGACGACGAUGUCGACAGAUCCUUCCACCACGACUCCAUCGCCUCCAAGAAGUUGUACGAAGCACAUCAUCUCGUACUGCCAACAUCUGCCGUACAAUUCUACUACUUAUCCCAAUAUUUUUGGUCAUCGGGGGGCGAAGGAAGUUGAGGAGGAUCUUAUUGCUUUCAGGGAACUAGUGGACGCCGAAUGCUACCGACUAGCUUACGACUUCAUCUGUCAGGUUCUCCAGCCAAAAUGUAUUAAUGGACAAUGGGAGGCUUCACUCCAAAUGCCUUGUCAAAGCUUCUGCCGAGAGUUUUCGUCGGGAUGUGGAAAUCGGUUACCAGAACGUCUCAGGAAAGCUUUGGAUUGCGGAGGCUUUCCCGAAUACAUCGACGAGGGCAGUUGCAGACCAAAACCAGGAUGCGUAAAGGAUUUACAGAACAAAGCCCUGUCCCCCAGAAUAUGCGACGGGGUUCUGGACUGCGCGGAUUCCUCGGACGAGAAGAAUUGCGCUUAUUGCCCGGAAGGUCACAUUCACUGUGGGAUCGGCAGAUCUUGCAUUCCAGUGAAUAAAAGAUGUGAUGGAAGACCAGAUUGUCCUAAUGGAUACGACGAGAAGGACUGUUUAUCACUGGCCAAAAGUCUGGAGUCCGUGAAAUCCCAGACGAUGGGCACUGUCCUUCCAGCGAGAUAUACUCUCGAGGGCUACGUGGUCUUCAACGAGAAAGGGACAGUAGGAAAACUCUGUACAGAGAAUCUAAAUGUCACUCUGCCCCCCACGGAAAUGGGCACUGUCCUUCAAACAGCAGGUGCUUCGCUCUGCUCUCUCCUCACGUACAGUGGAGUACUUUCCGUGGAAGUGAAGGCCGAUGAUGAAGACAACGUGGAGUAUGUGCAUAUGGAAGACCCGUCGGCGUCGGAGAUUACUUUUGUCAGAGGAGCUUGUCCCAGUAGACAAGUCAUGUAUGCUCGUUGUGGAGCAUUAGAAUGUGGAAUUCAGUCGCUGAGAAGGAAAAAUCCGACAAAAGCUCUGAACAAAAUAUCUGACCCGGGUGAUUGGCCCUGGCACGUGGCUCUGUUCAAGGAAGAAAUCCACGUCUGCGACGCAACUCUCGUUUCUUCUAAUUGGCUCCUGGCCACUGCUUCAUGUUUCCAAGGUCAACCAAGGGCUGAGUGGUCCGCCAGACUCGGCACAGUGAGGCUCUCCAGCACAUCACCAUGGCAGCAGGAGCGGAGGAUCGUUGGAAUGGUAAAGUCACCGGUGGAAGGCAGUACCAUGGUCCUCCUGAAAUUGGAUCGACCCAUCACUGCUUACUCGGACUUUGUGCGACCUGUUUGUCUACCAUCAACUCAAGAACCGGUGCUAAUGAACAGCUCCUACUGCAAUACCCUUGGAUGGGCUAGAAAUCGCGAUCUGUUACAACGAGUCCAAUUAAGACAGACAGCGAUGGAGAAGUGUAAUAAUAUCAGCAUUUCAUCGGUCAACGGUAUCUGCACGGAAGCCGCGUAUUCCACCGAAGACUGCAACGAGGAGGAAUUAGCCGGAAGUCCCAUGCUCUGUCUACAGUCUGAUGGACGACGUUGGGCCCUUACUGGAGUGAGCAGUUGGCGAAUCGCCUGUUCUAAGCCUGGCCAUGAAAGACCACGACUCUAUGACAAUGUUUCUUCGAACAUCGCCUGGAUUAAAUCUACGAUUGAUUGAAAAUAAUU